GUAAUACAUAGUCAGAAAAAUGGCGGGAAAAUUUGGAAAAAUUGCUACAAAAUUUGUUGGUGCAAUGUGACUUCCAACAAAUGUAUCGAUCGAGAUCUAUUUUCAGUAAAAAAAAACUUAUGAUUUAAUAAUGAUGUAUAGUGUAAUACAUCUCUGACAAAUCAUUUACGAAGAAAAUAAAAAAUAUAAAGGAAUGAAUGAAAGAAGAUGGCGGACCAAUUAAGAGUACCGCGCUGAUACAUUUUAUUCUUUAUUUCUAGUAAAGGAUAAUAUUUUAUAAGUACAAAUCUAUAGAUCUCAUAUAAAAUCUUCAAUUCUUGUAUAAAUAACAAAUGAAUUAUAAUAAAAGACAUAAUAAUUUAUUAAUAAUAAUAUUGUUUGAUAUAACCGGAAUCCAUAAAUAAAACAAUUGGUUAUAUACAUAUGUUUUUCAAAUCGACGAAUGCUAUUAUAUAUUUUGUAUUGAGCACUCGUUUCGGGAGAGACGCCGACGCCCGGCGCCGACGUCGUUUUUAAAGCGUUAACGUUGUGCUGAAGUAAUCUCACCCAAUCCGGGAGACUCAUAAGUAAAAAAAAAUCGUUAGAAUAAUCAACUCUCUCAGACACGUUGGUACAUUCAUAAAGAUGCAUUGCUGAAAGUUUUAUAUCGAACGUUUCUGUCAUUUUUCAUCAAGGUGUUAAAAGAUAUCAAAAGGGAGGGAAAAUAAUAAUAAGCAAUGAAUUUAACAUUGUGAAACAAAGCCGCGUGAAUCAUUUAACAUAAUAAAUUAUUUUUUAAAAUGUGUUUAUAUAUAUAAAUAGUGAAAAGAAAAAUAUUAAAUAACAAGAACAUUUUUUUAGCGUGGUGAUAUCUUGUCAUUUUUUUUCUUUCUUUUUGAAAUGGGUACGGCGGGUCGCGAUUUUGAGCGCGAUCGGGAGGACGAGAUCCACUGCCGAAUUUGUGCUAGUGACAUACCAAGAAACGAUGGGGUUCACAUUUUCGCAGAGGAUGGUAGACGGCACUACUUGCAAACCAAAAUACGAAAAUAUCUGUACAUCUUGGUAUCUUCUGAAGAUAAAUUAUCAAAGAUGGUAUGUGUUACUUGUAUUAAAAGAUUAGAGAGCAUUCAUCGUUUUGCUAUGAUGGCAUAUAGGACACAAGAAAAAUUAAAAAUACAAUUAUAUAAUAAUAUUGAUAAUACAAAUACACAAGAUAUGGAAAGAGAAAGUAUUAAAGAUAUACAAAAUACAACAAGAAGGAUAGAGGAUCGAGGAUUAUUACAUACAAUAUUAACCAAAGGAGCAAUAGAAAUUUUAGCUGAAGGUGAACCAUUGGGACCAUCAGAAUUCAUAACACAAGAUAAUAUAUGUCAUACUCCAAGUAUGGAAGAAAUGGAAGUCAAAGUAGAUCCAAUGUUAUUUUUACAAUAUGGUAUGGAACAUUCAGCAUCAGAAACUUCAGAAGCAUCUGAUACAGAAGAAAUAAUAACAAGAAUGAAUAUUCCAGAACCAUUACCAUUAACAAAUAAAACUGAUGAAAUAAAAAAAGAAAAAGAAGAAGAGAAUAAUGAUAAAUCACAAGAAGAUACUGAAGAACAUCUUUCAGAUGUAACAAAACCUCAUGAAUGUACAAUAUGUGCUCGAUCUUUUAUAUCUCAAAUUGGUCUACAAAAUCAUUUAUGGUCUCAUUUGCCUAAAGAUAAACGACUUGAUGGAAAGCCUAUUUUAAGAUCACAACAAGUAUAUUCUACUAAUGGUGUGCUUCAUACGAAUACUGACAACAAUUCAUCUGGUAAUUUUGUCUGUCCAAUUUGUAGUAAAAAAAUUUCUACUAAGGGUAAUUUAAAAGUACAUUUGGAAACUCAUCGGCCUAAAGGAAAAUAUGGUUGUGACAUAUGUGGUAGAAUUUUUAAAACACAGUCAAAUUUAUUCAGACAUAAAGAGUAUCAUGGUGGAAUACAAUUUCCAUGUAAUGUAUGUGGAAGAGUUUAUCCAACAAAUUCUACAUUAAGAGCUCAUAGUAUAACGCAUUCGGAUUUAAGGCCGCACGCCUGCCCUCUUUGUGAUAAAACUUUUAAAAGAAAUCAAGAUUUAAAAUUUCAUAUAAAUCAACAUACAGGUGCAAGGCCUUAUCAAUGUCCAUACUGUCCAAAAGCUUUCGCAAGUUCUGGAAACUGUUUCUCACAUCGUAAAAGAAUGCAUCCUCGAGAAGUACAUCGAGACAGACAAAGAGCAGCAGAUUUAAUGAGAUGAACCAUGGGUAAUCAAUAUGAAGAAUGGUUUUAGAAAAAUAUAAUAAUUUAUAAUAUUCACAUAUUAGCUAUUAUAAUGAAAAAAAACUUUAAUUUUGAAUAUUAAUGGUGCUAAUGCAAGAAGCAACGGAAAUUUUCUAUACUUUAAUUGAAUUAUUUGAACUUAAUACUAGAUACUUAUUGUUAUUAACAAGUUAGUUGUUUGUUCUGAUAUAACUAGAUCUUCUUUAUAAAAAUAGAAACAAAUAUAUAUUUUUUUUAAUUUUUUAUCUAUUAUGAAUGUUAUUGAACUUGAUAUACUUCCAUUGUUGAUAAAUGCAAUUAUGUGCAAUUUAGUAAUUAUUAUUUAUUGAAUCAUAUAUAGUACAAGUAAUUAUAAUAAUAGGUUUUAAACUCUCUAGUCAAAAUAAGAAAUUUGUAUUUUUUACUCGUUUAUCUGUAUUUAACUUAUAUACAUUUUUUUUUCAUUUUUAAGAAUAGAAAUUAUAUUUAGACCUUGUUAAUAUUUCUUAAAAACAAUUUUAUAAUAAUACAAUGAUACUUGAAAAUUUUAUUUUAUGCGACUAUAUUGUUAACGAAAAUCGAAAAUAUUAUUCAAUCAAGAUAUCGUAUUAUUCGAAUAAUUUUCAAUUAAUAUUAAUAUAAUUGGCCCAUCGGUAAUGAAUACAAUAAAAUUUUAAGCUUUAAAAUUAGAAUUAAAAUAUAUUUCUUAUAAUUUGCGUAAAAAAAUAACUAGUAGAAAAGAAUUAAAGUAUAAGACAACUGUGAUUUUUUAUAAAUCGGCGGUAUAUUAGAAAAUUCAAUCAUAUCGAUGGGUUAAAUACUAUUUACAUUGUAGAUAUAAAAUAAAAUAGUAACACAAUUACUUAUUUGCGUACGCUUAAAAUUUAGUCUUUGGCGAAAUAUAAUUUUUUUUAUAUUUAAAGUAAGGAAUUUAUAAUAUUUUUUGAAUCCUUAAACGGGUACUCUGUAUAUUAUAUGUGAUAUUUUUAAACAAUAUGUACUUAGUAUAUUUUCAAGAGACAAAAGGUACAAAACAUUAAAUAUUGAAAUUAUUUGAUAUUUAUGUUUGUUAUGUCACCUGAACAAUUUCAUUUCAUAAUAAAUAAUGUAAAUGGAUUUGAAUGGUGAUAAAUGUUUUAAAAAAUACGUUAUUUUGUCCAUAUAAAGAGCUAUUUAACAAUAUUUGAUAAAGUAUUUAUAUUUACGACAAAAUGAUAAAAAAAUGACCAAAGAAGAAAAAAAGAAAAAAAAGAAAAGAAAGCAUUCUUCGAAAGAAGAAAAAUAGGAAAUUUUGUAGUUCAAACCAUAUUUUUAGCACAAUAUAUGAACAUCAUCAUUAAGUAACGUUAAGACUGUAUACGAAAUUCUGUGUCAAAUUAGAAUAAAGCAUAAAUAUAAGACAUUAGUAUAUGAUAUCAAUGACUGUAUGUGACGAAAAAUGAGACUAGUCUAUUCAAAAUGCAGUAUUAAAUAUAAUAAAUAAUGUAGAGGCUAUAGCCAAUGUUAAAAACGAUCACAAUGUUAUUCUUUUAAACAGAUAUACGAUUAAAAAAAAAGUAUUAACUAAAGUCUGAGUAGCUUCUAGGAAACUUUAGAUAAGAAUUUUUAGAGAAGAAAACAUGUAAAUGUAGAGGAUCAUAGCCUCUGCUUUCAUAUCGUAUACAUCGCACACAUAUUAGAUAAUGCAAAAAAGGGGAUGUUCGAUAUGUUCGAAUGAAUAGCUACAGAAAAAUGUAUGAUGUUUAUAUAAGUAACAAGUAGUACUUAUGAACAAAAAAAACCGUGUGUAACCGCGUAUAUUAGCGUAGUAGGGUGGUUGAGUUUUCGCAUUAACGAAAGUGAAAUGGACCAAAGAAAAAUGGGAAUAUUACGAUUAUAUAUUAUAUUACGAUUAAUAUAUUGAAUUUAAUUUAAGAAAUAUUACAAUAUUUUUUAUUUUUUUAUGUUUUUUUAAUUUCAAAAAUAAAUAUUUCUUAAAUCAAAUAAUACUCUCAAGAUAAACAUUUUAAUAAAAUAUUUUAUAAUGUAUAUUUAAUAACGCGAAAGCUGCGAUAGCCACCCUUGCUUAGAGAUAUAAUCGUAUAUUUUGCAAUUACAUUUUUGCUUGUCAGUUAUGUAGUAAUGGAUUAAGAUUAUUCGAUUAUUCGAAUUAUGUAUUUGCGAAAAUAAUCAAUUUUUGAUAAGAAAAGAAGAAACGAAAGUGAAUCGCUCACGAUCUCGCUCUCACAGCUCAAUUUUUACAUCUAGUUCUAAGCAGAGAUGAGCAAAUUAUCUAUUUUCUUCCUCAAUUUUAUUCUAGUCUUAAUACUGCCAAAUAUAUUGCACCUGAAAAAUGUUAUAGUUAUUGACGGUGCAUUAGUUUAUAUUUAUUAUUAUGUUAACCAAUAUUUUUGAAUUUUUAUUAAUUGAUAAUAAAAUAUUUUUAAAUCAAUUUGCUCAGCUCUUGCCAUAGGUCAAAAAUUGAGUAUUUUUUUAAAGUCCACAAAGACGAUUAGUGUUUAAAUUAGCGAUUAAAACAGUAUCUCAGAAGUGCCAGUAACGCAGUAAACUAAUGUAGUGUAUUUCAGCAGACAAAUACUGGAUAAUUAUAUGUAGAUUCGAAAUAUGAAUUAUCGAUAAUAUCAAUUGUGACACUUAAUAAAAUGAUUGUAUAAAAA